CUUGCCUGAGUCAGACAUGUCAAAGUGGACCUCACCCUGUCCCUCCUUUUCGUAUGCCAGCCCUUUUGCAACAGGGUGAUCUUCAUCGUCAAAGUGUGGUCUGGCUUUGCCUCCAUCUCCCUCUUGAGUGAAAGGCUUAUCUCACAUUAGCAAGCAUGGUGAUUUGGGGCCAUAAAAGCAAACGUCAUGCAUGCGCGCAAGAUGUUGCCCGCUCUUCUUUGGGACACGUUGUGUGCGUGCACGUGUGUCGAAAAAGAAAGUCAUGGCAGGGUUUCUUUUCCUCCCAAGUGACUUUGAGGGAGGAAAGGAGGGCUUAUAUUUAACCUGUAACUUGAGACCUUGAUAAGAUGGACAGAAUGAGGAAUGGGACUUUUUUCCCCCCCUCCCUCUUUCCCAAGUCCAAGUCCAACCAUGGGAAAUUCACUUUGAGUCUAUUUUUUCCCCCACUCUCUCUCUCUCGCUCUCGCUCUCUCGCCUCUCUCUUUUUCUCAUGACUUGUACGCCUUGAACAAGAGGGGAGGAGAAAAGCCCAGGCAGGCGGCAAACACACUGAAGGGGGAAAAAAACGAAGCAAGCUGUAAGCGAGCUGCAAGCAAACUGUGCGGCAGAUUUGACUUCUUCUCUUGUCGCUUGCAGUGUGCUGCACUGCGAUGUUUCCAGUGGCGGCGGGAUGUUAGCGUUUGCCUCCGGCCGCACUUCUUCUUGCGCUCUCAGCGAGAACGCUCGGACAUUUUUCUGCUCCUUUUCAUAUGGGAAGGAGGAGGUGGAGGAGUGAGAGUCAAGCGAGGAACGAGAAGGCAGACGAGAGCCAGACCUACCAGCCCGGACCUUCAACAUACACGCACAUCGACGCUUGCUUUCUUCUCGCUUUCUUUUCUAACAAACGCGCGCACACACACACACACACUCUCCCCAGCGUCUGCACCAAGGUAACCCUGAGCGGAUUCAGCCUAACUGGAGCAAGACCAUGCAGCACUAAAAAGAAAAAAGGAGAGGAUGGCCACCGCAUUGUUUCAGGUGUCUUCAACCUGUGUUCCAGCGACCAACUAUGAGCUGGCGCCCGCCACCGAGCUGCCUCUCCGACAUGCCGAUACCUCGGCUUCAAUCAAAUCGUCCAAAAGCAUGGAGUCACGCCGAAGAGCGUCCAGCAGGAGCGCCAGUCUGCUGCAGGAGAGCUACGAGCUGGACCUGCUCUACAUCACAGAGAGGAUCAUCUCCGUCUCCUUCGCUAGCGGCGCCGAGGAGCCCGCCUACGCCGCCAAUCUGCGCGAGGUGGCCUCCAUGCUGCGCUCCAAGCACGGCCACAACUACCUGCUCUUCAACCUCAGCGAGAAGCGUUAUGACAUCGGCGAGCUUCAUUCCAAGGUGUUGGACUUUGGCUGGCCCGACCAUCACGCGCCGGCCCUGGAGAAGAUCUGCAGCAUCUGCAAGGCCAUGGACACGUGGCUGAGCGCCGAUUGCCACAACGUGGUGGUCAUCCACAAUAAGGGCAACAGAGGCCGAACCGGAGUGGUGGUGGCUGCCUACAUGCAUUACAGCAAUAUAUCUGGCAGCGCCGAGCAGGCUCUGGACAGGUUCGCCAUGAAGCGUUUCUAUGAAGACAAAGUGCUUCCUGUGGGGCAACCUUCUCAGAGAAGGUACGUGGAGUACUUCAGCGGUUUGCUGAGCGGACACAUCAAGAUCAACAACAAACCGCUGUUUCUUCACCACGUCAUCAUGCACGGCAUUCCCAAUUUUGAGUCCAAAGGAGGGUGCCGUCCUUUCCUGAAAAUCUACCAGGCCAUGCAGCCUGUCUACACAUCUGGCAUCUAUAACGUUCAAGGGGACAGUCAGACGAGCAUCUGCAUCACCAUUGAGCCCGGCCUCCUUCUCAAAGGAGACAUUCUGCUCAAGUGCUACCACAAGCGCCAUCGCGGCCCGUGCCGGGACGUGAUUUUCCGGGUGCAGUUCCACACGUGCGCCGUUCACGACCUGGCAAUCGUCUUUGGCAAAGACCAGCUGGACGAGACCUUCAAAGACGAGCGGUUCCCAGAAUAUGGCAAAGUGGAGUUCCUUUUUUCUUUCGGCCCAGAAAAAAUGUAUGGUGUGACUCACCUGGAGAACGGGCCCAGCGUCUCGGUGGACUACAACACGCAAGAUCCGCCCAUUCGCUGGGACUCUUAUGAGAACUUCAACGAGAAUAACCAGGACGCUGCGGAAGACGUGGUCCACACCCAAGGUCCGUUGGACGGGAGUCUCUAUGCCAAAGUGCGCAAAAAAGAGUCUGUUGACGGGACGGUCGCGCUCAACGGACUGCCGCCGCCAGGGGCGCCGCCAGGGGCGCCGCCGGCUGCUCUCGAACACACCUUGCCCGCCGUCGAUCACGCCUUGUCUGUGAGCAGCGACUCGGGAAACUCCACAGCCUCCAUUAAAACGGACGAAGCGGCGGCGGCGGCGGCGGCAGCGAUCCGCCCCGCCGUGAACCUGCCAAGCGCUCAGGCCGUAGCCCGCUGUGACGAGCAGCGACCCAUCAGUCCGCAGGAGAAACAGCAGCUGGAACAGCUCCUUGGUGGCCUGGAGGGACCUAGCAUGCGCGGACAGGGCGAGCGCGCCUCGCCCAGCGGCCUCGGCGCCUUACUCCAGCGGGUGCCCGCCCAGGUCCACGUCAACGGUCACCGCAACAUGGACCGGGAAACGGACAUUUUAGACGACGAGCUACCCGCCGCUCACAAGGCAAACAGCGUGGACAGUCUGGGGACGUUGUCCUCCUCCGCCGACGGCCGAGCCACCCCGGCCGAUCUCUACUACCGCUCGGAAUCGGCCCUCGACGUGCCGUACCCGGAGCGCGGCGUGGCCGAAAGCCCGGCGCCGUCGCAAACGGGCUCCGCCGACAAACUGGAGACGUGUGACCAUUCUGCGCCAGCCUCUCGGAUUCUCUGCCGUUCCCAGUCGCUGGGUUCGGACACGCGGGCCAUGCCCCCGGCUCCCGCCCGGACCACCAGCAGCAGGGACGCCGUCCAACGCGGCCUCAACAUCUGGCAACGCUUCGGGGUACCCGAGGAGCCUGUCACCGAAGGACUCACUUUCGGGACGCCGCCAGCUCACCGGAGCCUUCCGCAGUUCCACAGCGCGUCGCAGGAGGAGAUUGAGAAAUCCAUCGAGACGCUCAACCUCCUCAUGUUGGACUUGGAGCCGAGCCGUUGUUUCGUGCCAAAGUCGCAAAGCGCUCCUCUGAGGCCGAGCCACGUGGUCACCGUGCAGCCGUCCUUCUCCCAGAGCCGAAGCGGAGCCAUCUAUGAGGUGGAGACGCCUCCCGCGUCCGGCCGACAGUCGCCCGUCAAAUCCGGCUCGCCCCUCGGGUGGGAAACCGCCGGAGCCGCUCCAUCUGGAUCCGGUCCUCUUCAGCUCAAUGACACCUUUGCAGCGAGCCCUUUGUCCGGCCCCGGCGCGGUGCCCGCUUGGAGGGACCGUGAACCCGACCAGCACGUCUUGAGCGUGGAAGGACUGGUGGCGCAAAGAGUUGCAGGUGUCCGCUCCCAUGCGACGGCUGCGGACGAGCCGGCGCUUUCCCCCCGCCGUAGGAUCACGAGCGACGGCUCCGAAGACGCCGGCGCGUCCCCCGACGUCCCGCUUCGUUCCCCUGUCCGUUGCGUUUCUCCGGAGUUCGCCAACGCCAUCGCCAUGAACCCCGGCGGACGGCCCAAGGAGAGACACAUGCACAGCUACCGGGAAGCCUUUGAGGAGACGGAGGGCGGGCCCACCAGCCUGACCCCCGCAGUCGGUGGUGAGGUGCUUCCCCAAAGUCCCGCCUCGCCACACACCCCUUACUUCAACCUGUGUCGCUCACCUCCGGGUCUGGCCAAAACACCGCUGUCGGCGCUGGGCUUGAAGCCCCACAACCCGGCCCAUCUCCUGCUCAACCAAAUUGGCGCAGCGCCCCGAAGUUACGUGGAGUCGGUGGCGAGGUCGGCCGCGACGGGCGGAGAGCAAGCGCCCCAAAGCCCUCAAGGCGAGGCUCCGGAGCAGGCCGCAAGUCCGAGUCCCGCAUGCCCCACCCUCACGCGGCCGCUGUCCAGUAGCAGCGGUCCCGAGCACGGCUCGCAGGGCAACGCCGGCUCGGCAGAAAGCAACUCCGGCAGUCCGCCGCCGCCAGCCGCUACCGAUUGGAGUUUGCUCAUGCAGCCGGCAGCGAGCGCAGCCUCCACUCCCGCGUCGUCCGCUUCCCCCAACUCCUCUCAUCUGGAUUCCAUUUCCGCAACAUCCUCCUACCUCGGCCCCGACGUCCAGAGCCGCGCGGCCUCCGAUUCUAGCCGAGCCCCCUGGACGGAGGCCUUCCAUACCGGAAGUCCCCGCUUGGGGCUGCGGGCUUGUGUCCUGACCUCUUCGGACCACCAGCCAAGCGCCUAUCAGGAAGCCGACACCGACGUCCCCGCGGUGAACGGGGGAGCGGACUUCCGGAGCAGCCCCGUCCUCGAGCGCCAUCAGUCGUCUCAGGGAAGUCGAGCGCUCACGCCGCAGGCCUCGACGGGACAGCGCUCGCGACCCAGCCCGACCCUCGGCAGACGAGCGUCCUCGGGACAAGCUGCGGCGAGCGCGCUCGGCGGAGGACACCCGUCCCUCUCCCAGUUGCAAGGGAGCCCCGGUUUGGAGCGACGCCCCGUGCGCAGCGGCUACGCCACGCCGGACGAGCGGCACGCCAACCUCUCCCGACAGAGCAGUUCCUCGGGUUACCAGGGACCGCCGACCCCCUCCUUCCCCGUUUCGCCGGCGGCCUACCAGGACGCCGGCGAAACGGCGGCUGCGGGCGGAGGCUUCCGACAGGCGAGCGCCGCGCCCGCUUUUCAACCUCAGCUACCGGAAAAGAGGCGUAUGUCGAGCGGCGACAGAGCCAACGGAGCGCCGGCGUACGGCUCCCUGAGCGAAAAGAGCAACCCCGGCUACUUCCACACCCUCUCGGACUUCUCGCGCUUCAACAUGCCCGACGGAGGUCCCGAGAGCAGGCUGAACGUCAAGUUUGUCCAAGACACGUCCAAGUUCUGGUACAAGCCCGACAUAUCCCGAGAGCAAGCCAUCAGCGUGCUGAGAGAACGCCAACCCGGGGCCUUUGUGAUCCGCGACAGCCACUCCUUCAAGGGGGCCUACGGCUUGGCCAUGAAGGUGGCCUCGCCCCCUCCCUCGCUGCAUCCAAACAAAAAAGGUGACAUCACCAACGAGCUGGUGCGCCACUUCCUGAUUGAGAGCAGCCCCAAAGGAGUCCGACUCAAGGGUUGUCCCAACGAGCCGUACUUUGGCUGUCUGUCGGCGUUGGUCUACCAACACGCCAUCACGCCGCUGGCCCUGCCCUGCAAGCUGCUCAUUCCUACCGCAGAUCUUGUCGAGGAAGAGCCGCAAGUGGUGAAAAGCAAUCCGCUGUCCGAGCGACUGAAGGAAGGAGCGGCGUGCAACGUGCUCUACAUCAACUCGGUGGACAUGGAGUCGCUGACGGGCCCCCAGGCCAUCGCCAAGGCCAUUUCGGAGACUCUGGCCGCCCCCGCCUGUCAGUCGGCCGUCGUGCACUUCAAGGUGUCCUCGCAAGGAAUCACGCUGACCGACAACCAGAGGAAGCUUUUCUUCCGCCGCCACUACCCCUGCAACACCGUCACCUUCUGUGACAUCGACCCUCAGGACAGAAAGUGGAAGAAGCCGGAGGGCGGCACGGCCAAGUUGUUUGGCUUCGUGGCGCGAAAGCAGGGAAGCACGACGGACAACGUGAGCCACCUCUUUGCCGAGAUGGACCCCGAGCAGCCCGCCGGCGCCAUCGUCAACUUUGUCACCCGGAUGGUUACGUUGCAAAAGCGAUGAGCACGGCAAUUUCUUCCCUCCACUCACUCACUCACUCGCUCGCCCCUCCCUACCUCCCUCCCGCACCCAAAACUCUUUUGCUUACUUCCCUUCCUCCUUUGACCAAAAGACAGAUGGACGGACGGACGGACGGACACUCCUUUCCCCUGCAAACACUUUGUGUCGCUUCUCGGCGUCGCGUCCGAGCACACGUUUGUCUCGUCUCGCUUGCGCCUUUCUUUGCGGACGGACUCUCCAGCGGAGCUGCGGAAGUGCAGAAAGGGGGCGGAGCCGGAUGUGAGUAAGUGCAACAUUUUUGCACUUUUCUUGACCCAGACGUCACGUGGGCGGGAACAUAAUCGAUUGUGGCACACACUGGAAAAAAAAAUGUUGUGUUGAAAUUUCCUCCAUUUCAUUUGACAAAACAAACCAUCUGGAUCCUUGAAAAAAAAAAAAAAAUCCGGACAACGUGCGCGUCACGUUUUGCAAUUUCUCCCAUUUGCUUGCGCACACGUGCAAGUUGUUGACAGAAAUGACCUUCAAGCCACAAAAUGAGCCUUUUGUACGUUGCCACAAUGUUUUUGGUUUUUUCCCUUCCCUUCUCCUCCCAUGUCAUGUCUGGGUCUUUGUCGUUUUGGGGAUACGCCAGAAGAGAAAAGUCAAGUUGUGUGACCUUGGUGGAUUGCAAAUGGCAACUUUUGAAGUGCUCAACUAAAGACAGCUUUUGCGCAUCAAGACACGCACACGCGCACACGCACACACACACACAGAUAUAUAUACAGAUAUUUAUUUUUUUGCUUUGUUGCUCGAUGCUCACUUGUAUACAUGAAUUAUGUAAGUUGACUGAAACAAUAACAGAAUAUAUAUAUACAGAAUAUACAGAAGAGAAGUGUGUACGCACAUUCACGUUAUAGGGUGUAAAAGUGAGUGUAACACUGAUUUAUUUUUACUACUCUUGUUUUUCUUCCCACGUCAAAUAAUGCCCUUUUGAGAUGUUUUGUAUGAGUCCAACCUCAUCCUUUUUGUCCAAGUCAAGCACUUAACUUCAGUUGAAAUGAAGCUUUUGCAUUUGAACAUUUGAAGCCUGCGUUUUAAAAUGAGAAUGUCCAACUUUUUUUAUUUUAUUUUGGCUAUUUUUCUUUAUUUGGUGGUGUGCCAUGAGAUUUUUCAAAAGUAAUAAUGGGCCUUGAGUCGGCCAGUUCGUCGUUGCCCUCUUGUGGCAGACCGGGAUCAUUAGAGAAAAUACAGGGUCCGUGAACUUGCAAGUGGUCUCAAAGUCCAGUUCCUGCACGUUUUCCAAGUUUCCUUUGUUAAACGCACCUGAUUCAUUCGAUCAUUAUCUGGCUCCUACAGAAGGUGAGGAUCACGUGAUCGUUCGAAUCAGUCAAGUGUGUUUAACGAGGGAAACUUUGAAAACCUGCAGCGAUGCCGCCGCCGCCUCCGAGGCGCGUCAAACUGGAGUUUGACACCUGUGUGAAAACAAGACCAAAAAAAGCCAAUAAUGAUAACAACUCAUUUUGUUUGCAUUGGGCAGUGACAUCACCACCACCAAUUCAAUCAAUGCAUGUUGGUUUGAAGGCUUGCACUGAAACUGAGCAAGAGAGCGAGCGAGCGAGCGAGUGAGGGGCUUGAAAAUGCAUUUUGAUACAAAGUGUUGCAUGCAAGACAAGGCAAGGCAAGGCAAGGCAAGGCAAGACAAGACAAGGCAAGGCCUUGGAGUGCAUGUUUGCCGUCCUUCCCCAAUCAAUGAUUGGACUGUAAGAAUGUCCCACAGUGUCUGUAUUGAGAGCGCUGUCCAUAUUUGGUUGGCAACAUUGUACGAAUGAAUGGCUUUUACUAUUUCUGAUGGAAAAUAUUCAUUAAAAACAAAGCAGUUCAAAUAA